GGGAGCUCAGUCAAACCAUCAGAGAGAGUGAUAGAGAUGAUUGAGACAAGUUCAGAUGGGUUAUGAAUGAGUACCGAACUAGCUAAAAGGACUACUGCACAUUUUAAAAAGGACCUUUUGGAUUACCUCCUACAACUUGGCAAAAAUACCCUUUUGAAGCCGCAAUGGCCGAUAGCAGCGGUCCGCCAUUGUCAUCCUACAUCAUGGAUGAAGAAACUCUAAAGAGAAAACAAAAGGAGAAGCUGAAGAAGCUGAUGUCUACAGGAGGCAACCCAAGGCCUGCACGCUCUCUCCUCUUCUUGACACUUAGGAAUCCAUUCCGCAAGGCGUGCAUCAGUGUUGUGGAGUGGAAACCAUUUGAAAUCAUAAUCCUACUGGCCAUCUUUGCCAACUGCGUGGCCCUGGCUGUGUACUUGCCCAUGCCUGAGGAAGACAGCAACAACACCAAUAGCAACUUGGAAAGCCUGGAGUACAUCUUCCUCAUCAUCUUCUCCAUAGAAUGUUUCUUGAAGAUCGUUGCCUAUGGAUUUCUUUUUCAUACAGAUGCUUACUUAAGAAACUGCUGGAACAUUCUGGACUUUGUGUGUGUGUCCGUAGGCUUGUUCACUGUGGUUGUGGAUGCCAUCAACCACAUCAGUGGAGUGGAGGCAACAGUGGGAGAAAAAGGUGGUGGCUUUGACAUGAAGGCUCUGCGUGCAUUCAGAGUCCUCCGACCGCUCAGACUGGUGUCUGGAGUUCCCAGUCUUCAAGUGGUGAUGAACUCCAUCUUGAAGUCAUUGCUGCCCCUUUUUCACAUCACCCUACUUGUCCUGUUCAUGGUCACUAUUUACUCCAUCAUGGGAUUGGAGCUCUUCAAGUGCAAAAUGCACAAGACGUGCUACUACACAGGCACAGAUAUCAUUGCCACAGUGGAGAAUGAAAAGCCAGCUCCGUGUGCCCAAGCAGGGAACGGUCGUCGUUGUACCAUCAACGGCACAGAGUGUCGUGCUGGCUGGCCAGGCCCGAACAAUGGAAUCACCCACUUCGACAACCUAGGCUUCUCCAUGCUGACUGUCUACCAGUGUAUCACCACACAGGGGUGGACUGAUGUCCUCUAUUGGGUCAAUGAUGCUAUAGGAAUGGAAUGGCCAUGGAUCUUUUUUACUACGCUCAUCCUGGUCGGCUCCUUCUUCGUGCUGAACCUGGUUCUGGGCGUGCUCAGUGGGGAGUUCACGAAAGAGCGAGAGAAGGCCAAGUCCCGAGGAGAAUUUCAGAAGCUGAGGGAAACCCAGCAGCUUGAUGAGGACCUCAAGGGAUACAUGGAGUGGAUAACUCAGGCUGAGGUCAUGGACAAUGACCAGGAAGGACAGGGGUUGCUCAGCACAGAAAAUGGAUCAGAGACUGGAAGUGUCAACAAAAUGGACACCAUGCAGAUGAUCAUCUAUUACUAUAAGCUGGCUCGUAAGUGGAAUCGUUGGUUACGGCGUAAAUGCAGAGUGUAUGUGAAGUCCAAACUAUUCCACUGGUGGGUGAUCAUGCUCGUCCUGCUUAAUACACUGGCCAUCGCAACGGAACACCACAGACAGUCCCAGAGACUCACAAACUGGCAAGACAAUGCCAAUAAGCUGCUGCUGUCCAUGUUUGCACUUGAGAUGUUCAUGAAGAUGUACGCUCUCGGCUUUCCGUCUUACUUCAUGUCCCUCUUCAAUCGCUUUGACUGCUUUGUGGUGUCCACUGGCAUUAUGGAGCUCAUCCUUGUCCACGUGGGUGUCAUGUCAGUCAUGGGCAUUUCUGUGCUGCGCUGCAUCCGCCUGCUCCGCCUGCUCAAAGUCACCAGAUACUGGACAUCUCUCAGUAAUCUGGUGGCUUCUCUUUUGAACUCGGUACGUUCCAUUGCCUGCUUGCUGCUGCUCCUCUUCCUCUUCAUUGUCAUAUUCUCCCUGCUGGGCAUGCAGGUGUUUGGAGGGAAAUUCAACUUCCCAAAUCAACCCAAACCCCGCAGCACCUUUGACAGCUUUCCUCAGGCCCUCAUCACUGUGUUUCAAAUUUUGACUGGUGAGGACUGGAACACCGUGAUGUAUGACGGCAUCAUGGCUCAUGAAGGACCCAGCAUGCCUGGUAUCCUGGUCAGCAUCUACUUCAUCAUCCUUUUUGUCUGUGGAAAUUUCAUCCUACUAAAUGUCUUUCUGGCCAUUGCUGUUGAUAACCUGGCAGAGGCUGAGUCUUUGACUUUGGCACAGAAGGAGAAAGCAGAGGAGAAAAUACGAAAGAGAGCUCUCAGGGCCAACAUGCCUGACAAGGCUUCAGAGGAGAAAGCAAAUCUGGCAAAAAAGCUGGCUGAGCAAAGGGCCAAAGGUGUGGAGGGAAUCCCUACAACUGCCAAGCUCAAAAUCGACGAGUUUGAGUCCAAUGUCAAUGAGAUCAAGGACCCUUUCCCCCCAGCUGACUUUCCUGGUGAUGAUGAGGAGGAAGACCCAGAGAUCCCAGAAAGCCCGAGACCUCGUCCAAUGGCAGAUCUGCAGCUGAAGGAGGAAGCGGUUCCAAUGCCAGAAGCCAGCUCGUUUUUUAUCUUUGGACCUCAGAACAAGUUCCGGAAGCUCUGUCAUCGUAUUAUCAAUGCAACGACUUUCACCAACAUCAUCCUCCUCUUCAUCCUGCUAUCAUCUAUUUCUUUAGCUGCUGAGGAUCCCAUUGACCCCAUGUCCUUCAGGAACCAGGUGUUGGCGUCUGCUGAUAUAGUCUUCACUUCGGUGUUCACAGCGGAAAUUGUGCUCAAGAUGACAACAUACGGUGCAAUUCUUCACGAAGGGUCUUUCUGUCGGAACUCUUUCAACAUCUUGGAUCUUCUGGUGGUCAGUGUAUCUCUCCUCUCAAUGGGCAUGGAAUCUAGUGCCAUCUCUGUGGUGAAGAUUCUCCGGGUGUUAAGGGUACUCCGGCCCCUGAGGGCCAUCAACCGAGCAAAGGGACUCAAGCAUGUCGUCCAGUGCGUGUUUGUUGCCAUCAAGACCAUUGGAAACAUUGUAGCGGUCACAAUGCUACUGGACUUCAUGUUUGCCUGCAUCGGAGUCCAACUUUUCAAAGGAAAGUUCUAUGCCUGCACAGAUCCUGACAAAAUGACUGAAGAAACAUGCAAGGGCUGGUACAUGAAGUACCAGGAAGGAGGACUUCAUGAGAUUGAGGUCCAUAAGAGGGAAUGGACCAACUCAGAACUUAACUUUGACAACAUCCUCAAUGGCAUGCUGGCUCUUUUCACCAUCUCUACCUUUGAAGGCUGGCCAAAGAUACUAUAUAAAGCUAUUGAUUCAAACUUGGAGGAUUAUGGUCCAAUGUACAACAACCGUGUGGCCAUCUCAAUCUUCUUUAUCAUCUACCUCAUCCUUAUCGCCUUCUUCAUGAUGAAUAUAUUUGUGGGCUUUGUCAUCGUGACCUUCCAGGAGCAAGGAGAGCAGGAAUACAAGGACUGUGAACUGGACAAAAACCAACGCCAGUGUGUGCAGUAUGCUCUCAAGGCCAGACCUCUGCGAUGUUAUAUUCCUAAGAACCCCUACCAGUAUCAGGUGUGGUACGUCGUCACCUCCUGCUACUUCGAGUACCUAAUGUUCCUCCUCAUUAUGCUCAACACCAUGUGUCUUGGAAUGCAGCACUGUAAGCAGUCAGAUCACGUAACUCACCUGUCUGACAUGCUGAAUGUCAUUUUCACCGUGCUCUUCACUGUGGAGAUGAUCCUUAAACUUAUGGCCUUCAAAGCAAAGGGUUAUUUCGGAGACCCUUGGAAUGUCUUUGACUUUGUCAUCGUCAUUGGAAGUGUUGUGGACGUGAUGCUGAGUGAAAUUGAUGCAGCACUGGCCUCCUCUGGAGGACUUUACUGUCUCCACGGCUGCACUGCAGUGGAUCCCAUGCAAGCAAUUGCGUCUUCUGAGAACAUGAGCGUGUCAGUCACAUUCUUCAGACUGUUUCGAGUCAUGCGUCUUGUGAAACUUUUGAAUCGUUCCGAGGGAAUACGGAAUCUUCUCUGGACCUUCAUCAAAUCUCUUCAGGCUCUUCCCUAUGUGGCUCUGCUAAUUCUUAUGCUGUUCUUUAUAUAUGCUGUGGUUGGAAUGCAGAUAUUUGGUAAAAUUGCAUUAGUAGACGGCACAUACAUCGUCAGGAACAAUAACUUCCAGACAUUCCCACAGGCUGUGUUGGUGUUAUUCAGAUGUGCUACAGGUGAGGCAUGGCACGAAGUGAUGUUGGCUUGCAUGUAUGGAAAAAGAUGUGAUCCCAAGUCAGACUUCUUGCCUGGAGAAGAGUCAACAUGUGGAUCCAACUUCGCCAUCAUCUACUUCAUGAGUUUCUACAUGCUUUGUGCAUUCUUGAUCAUCAAUCUGUUUGUGGCGGUCAUCAUGGAUAACUUUGACUAUCUGACACGUGAUUGGUCCAUCCUUGGUCCCCAGCACUUGGAUGAGUUUAAGAAAAUCUGGGCAGAAUACGACCCUGAGGCCACGGGGCGUAUUAAGCAUCUUGAUGUAGUGACACUGCUACGAAGAAUACCUCCUCCACUGGGUUUUGGAAAAUUCUGUCCACAUCGUAUCGCCUGCAAGAGGUUGGUCUCCAUGAAUAUGCCACUCAAUAAUGAUGGAACAGUCACCUUCAACGCCACACUGUUUGCCCUGGUUAGAACUGCACUGAAAAUAAAGACAGAAGGAAAUUUUGAACAAGCCAACGAGGAGCUGAGGGGAAUUAUCAAGAAGAUCUGGAAACGCACGAGUAUGAAACUUCUGGAUCAAGUCAUCCCACCUAUAGGAGAUGAUGAGGUGACAGUCGGAAAGUUCUACGCUACUUUCCUUAUCCAGGAUUAUUUCAGGAAAAUGAAGAAAAGACAGGAAGAAUACUACGGCUCCCGGCCAACCAAUAAAUGUGCUACACAUGAGAUACAGGCAGGCUUGAGGAACAUUGAAGAGGAGGUGGCCACGGAGCUCCAUAGAGCCAUCUCCGGAGAGCUUCUGCAUGAAGAGGAGAUGGAUAGAGGUCCUGAUGAAAUUGCAGAGGAAGCCAUCUUCAGGAGACAAGGUAGUCUUACUGGAAACCAGUCGGACAGCGACAGCGAACUGGCACAUCCGCACCAGGCCACUGGGCAGCGCUCUCUGCAGACGGCAGCAGUCAACAACAAUAUAAAUAUCCCAAACAACAACAACAACACUCAUCACAGCCAUUAUUAACAGAAGAACUGGCCUCUGACCAAGAAUGUCUGUACUUCAAAGCCAUCACCUUUGACCUUUGACUUCAGCUAAAUGAAGAUAGAGGGAGUUUCUUAACGGCUGCAAAGGACUGGGAUGAAAGGGGCGGCCGACCACUUUCAACCUUCAUCUACAUAUAGCAAGAGGCUCAGGAGGAGCAAGAACUGCAGUGCUGAUCAUUAAUAUGAUCAUUAACACUGCCGGUCACAGACUGUUUCCUUCAUAUAAUCAUGAACUAAACUAUUUCACCCAUUCAAAAUGAAUUUCAUAUUCAUCCUCUCCUAUUCUAAUAAUAGGAGGGUUAAAGAUGUUUGAAUUUCGAUGAGACUGAAUCAAAAGCUGGAAGUAAAACUAAAACGUUGAGCUCAAUGAGACAAAAAUGUUAAGUAGAUGAGAAGUGUAGUAGUAUGUCUAUGUUGUGUAGUUGUUUUUCUUUGUGUGUGAUUCAGUGUGUUUAGACUGUGUGAUUAAAGUCUAAUUACAAAAGCA